CUGGUUGCUCUCCAGGUAGACACACAUGGCUCUCCUACGAAAAAUUAAUCAAGUGCUGCUCUUUCUUCUGGUCCUGACCCUUUGUGGGAUUCUGUACAAGAAAGUUCGCAAGGGGGCCAUACUCAAGAAUGAGGCAGUCACUGUUUUGAUGUUCCCAGAAGACGAUGCAGAGUCCCCCGAGGACACGGAAGAGGAGAUUCCAGUGGUGAUCUGCGCAGCCGCGGGGAGGAUGGGCGCAGCCAUGGCUGCCAUCAACAGCAUCUACAGCAACACCGAUGCCAACAUUGUGUUCUAUGUAGUCGGACUACGGAACACUCUGUCUCGAAUACGCAAAUGGAUUGAACAUUCUAAACUGAGAGAAAUAAAUUUCAGAAUUGUGGAGUUCAACCCUAUAGUCCUCAAGGGGAAGAUCAGGCCAGACUCCUCGAGGCCCGAGCUGCUCCAGCCUCUGAACUUCGUUCGGUUUUAUCUCCCUCUGCUUGUCCAUCAACACGAGAAAGUCAUCUAUUUGGACGAUGAUGUCAUUGUACAAGGCGACAUCCAGGAACUCUAUGACACCACCUUGGCUCUGGGCCAUGCAGCAGCCUUCUCCGAUGACUGUGACUUGCCCUCUGCUCAAGACAUCAACCGACUUGUGGGGCUUCAGAACACAUACAUGGGCUAUCUGGACUACCGGAAGAAGACCAUCAAGGACCUUGGCAUCAGCCCCAGCACCUGCUCGUUCAAUCCUGGUGUGAUUGUCGCCAACAUGACCGAAUGGAAACACCAACGCAUCACCAAACAGCUGGAAAAGUGGAUGCAAAAGAACGUGGAAGAAAACCUCUACAGCAGCUCCCUGGGAGGAGGCGUGGCUACCUCUCCGAUGCUGAUUGUGUUUCACGGCAAGUAUUCCACCAUCAACCCUCUGUGGCACAUCCGGCACCUGGGCUGGAACCCUGAUGCAAGAUAUUCAGAACACUUUCUACAGGAAGCUAAACUACUCCACUGGAAUGGAAGACAUAAGCCCUGGGACUUCCCUAGUGUUCACAAUGACUUAUGGGAAAGCUGGUUUGUUCCUGACCCUGCAGGGAUCUUUAAGCUCAAUCACAAUACAUGA